CAUCUAAAACUUGAACUGUAGCAUAGGUUUCCAUCAAACCUCUCCCUGCUUUCAGGAUAUCUACCUCUGUGCUCUGUUCCUGCCUCAGCAAGUGAAGUAGUCAGUGGUGCUUUGGAGAACUCCAUGUCCCAGAGAUCCCAGCAUUAGUGACCCGGGAACCAGGACUUGAAUAACAUGGCAGCGCCGUCCAGCAACACAUGCGGGGUUAUGGAGCAGUCUAUCCGGGAGCGGGUUCCCCCGCUGCUCACGGACCUGUACCAGUUCACCAUGGCGUACGCGUACUGGCGGGCCGGGCGGCACCAGGAGCCCGCCGUAUUCGAGCUCUUCUUCAGGGACAAUCCGUUCGGCGGCGGCUUCUCGCUGUUCGCCGGGCUGCACGACUGUCUGCUGUUCAUGCGCAGCUUUCGCUUCACAGACGAAGAUGUGGAGUUCCUGCGCUCUGUCCUGCCCCCAACCACCGACCCCGCCUUCUUCCAGUUCCUUCGAGGCCUGGACUGCUCCGGUGUCACGCUCCGCUCUGUCUCAGAGGGCACUGUGGUGUUUGCCAGGGUGCCUCUGAUGGAGGUGGCAGGUCCGCUGGCUGUGGUUCAACUGCUGGAGACCAGUUUACUGUGUCUGGUCAACUAUGCCAGUCUGGUGUGCAGUAACGCUGCCCGUUUCCGCCUGGCGGCCGGCCCCAGGAGAAAGCUGCUGGAGAUGGGCCUCAGGAGGGCUCAGGGACCAGAUGGAGGGCUCACCGCCUCACGAUACACACACAUUGGAGGUUUUGACCUCACCAGUAAUGUUCAGGCUGGUUUCCUGUUUGGGGUCCCCGUCGCAGGGACCAUGGCGCACUCAUAUGUCACUUCCUUUACCUCCCUGGAGGAGGUCAGGCCACAAACUCUUGCUGCAGUAAACAGGGACCCCAAUCCAGUUGACUUAAUUUCGUUGACGAAGGGCUGGUUGAGUCGUGUGUGUGAGCUUCUGGGAGCUGAGCCUGGGAAGAUCCGCGAGGGCGAGCUGGCUUCUUUUUUGUCCUACGCCAUCGCCUACCCCCAGAACUUCCUCCCUGUGAUCGACAGCUACAGUGUUGGCUGUAGUGGUCUGUUGAACUUCUGCGCUGUGGCCUUGGCACUGUGUGAACUGGGCUACAGGCCUGUAGGAAUUCGUCUGGACAGCGGGGACCUCUGCAGGCAGUCAGUUGAAGUCCGCCGCGUCUUCAGACUCUGCAGCGAGCAUUUCUCCGUCUCUGCCUUCGACUCACUGAUCAUUGUUGGGACCAACAACAUCACAGAGCAAAGCAUGGCUGAGCUCAACAAGAAGGAGAAUGAGAUUGAUGCAGUGGGUGUUGGAACACAUCUGGUCACCUGCACACAACAACCCUCGCUGGGCUGUGUGUAUAAGCUGGUGGAGGUGAGGGGCAGCCCUAGGAUGAAGAUCAGUGAAGACCCACAGAAGAGUACUGUUCCAGGGAGGAAAGCUGUCUACAGGCUACUUGAUGCUGAGGGCCAUCCUUUUCUUGACCUGGUGUGUCUCUCUGUGGAGCCUCCUCCAGAGGCAGGAGCGUCUCUGAGCUGUCACCCUCUGGGGUGUGAUAACUCUUGUGUGUCAGUCGUUCCAGCUCAGGUCACCUGUCUACGUCUGGAAGUGUUUACCAAAGGACAGGUCACACACCCUCUGUGCAGCGCUGCAGAAACUAGAGCAAAGGUCCAGAGCUCCCUCCAGACUCUGCACCCUCGACACAAGAGGCUGCAGGAGCCAGACUCUUACACAGUGGCGCUAUCAGAGAAACUCCAUAACCUGGUCACAGAGAUUGGAAAAGGAAGCUCCAAUAACAGCAACUUUCUUUUAGCCAACUAAAUAUGAUCCUGGAAAACUGUUCUAUUUUUAUGUGUUUGUAUUGACACUCUUUUCCAAAGUGCCUCACAGUGAAAGAAGUGCGUAUGUUUGUAGAGCCUUUUACUAAUGAAGCCUUACAGUGUUAAUGCCAUACUCUCCAAAUACAGGAAUACACUAAGGGGUUGUGUCUGGUGCCAUUCAAAGCUGAUGUCCAUAAAACAGGGUUAAAAUGAACAGAACUUGACUUUGUACUUUGAAAAGCCCAGCGGGGACAGAGGGAAGCAAAUGAAAAGGAAGCAUCUGUCUUACUUGAUGGACUUUUUUUGCUGGAAAUUGGUGGAUAAUGUAACAGUCAAACACAGUCAGUCACACUUUCCAUGUUGAAAGAUCCAUGUGGACUUGGAAAUAAGCUAUUAAACGGCUCUUUGACC